UUGUCAUCCGCUGUCUGACAGCGACAUGAGAAGAGACGGUUCCUCCUUCCUCCCACAACCAAGCUUUUCAUCUCUCUCUCUCUCCUUUCACACACACACACACAGCGAUCCACGCUCUCAAAGUUGCAAGGAAAGAUGCGCAGCAUGGCGAGCUCCGCCUCCUCGAGAAGUAUCGCCGCCAUCGUCGGCGUCGGCCCCAACCUCGGCCGCUCCAUCGCCCGCAAGUUCGCUCACGAAGGCUACACCGUCGCCAUCCUCGCCCGUGACCUAGGGAGAUUGUCGAGAUUCGCGGACGAGAUAGCACGGGAGGAGAAAUCGCAAGUGUUCGCUAUCCGAAUCGACUGCUCCGACUCCCGAAGCGUUCGAGAGGCCUUCGAAGGGGUACUCUCCCUAGGCUUUGUGGAAGUACUCGUCUACAACGCCUACCAGCCCAUCCCUCCAGUACCCACCAACUUCGCCGACAUCCGCAUCGACGCCUUCGAGAAAUCCCUCGCCGUCUCUUCGGUCGGCGCCUUUCAUUGCGCCCAACAGGUAGUGCUUCCGGGGAUGGUGGAGAGAGGAAGAGGGACAAUACUCUUCACCGGAUGUUCGGCUUCUCUCAACGGCAUUGCUGGUUUCUCCGAAUUAUGUUGUGGGAAGUUUGCUUUGAGAGGUUUGUCACAAUGCCUGGCAAGAGAGUACCAAGGGCUGGGCGUGCACGUGGCGCACGUGAUCAUUGACGGCAUCGUCGGCUCACCCAGGGGACCCUCAACGUCGCAGCAACGGUUGUUGACAGGGGAGAACCACCACCAGCAACAUCGACAUCAACAAGGCGGCGGUGGCGGUGGCGGUGGAGGGGACGGGUCUAUGGACCCAGACGCGGUGGCCCUGACCUAUUGGCACUUGCACAAUCAGGACCGGACCGCUUGGACCCAAGAGAUAGAUCUUCGUUCUUCCACUUCUUCCAGAUUCUUCUAAUUUCGUACUUGCAUCUAAUCACCCAUCUCCCUCUCUCUUAAGUGAAGUUUGUAUUUUUUUAAUAGUCCUCUCAAGUGAAGUUUGUUACUAGUAUAUAACUAUUGGAUGAUGAGCAGUCCUACGGACAUAGCUGGAGAUAAACGUGUUCAGAAUCGUUCGAUCACAGGGUCUUGUACUUGAAAUCCACACGCAGUGGAUAACUGCACACACGUGUCUUCGAAAGUGUAUUUAGUGAAGGGGCCUUGGAAGGAAGUCAUGUUAAGAGUUUGAGUUAGUGUUUAGAAAUUGUUUGUGUUUUGCAAGAAUUUGAGUUAGUGUUUACUGUUUAGAAA